AUGGCGGAUGACACAUCUGCCACGAUUUGGUCAUGGCUGAAAGACGUUUGCGAAGCGCAAAACUUUGCAAAUCCUGGCUGGGUGACACCGCAGGAUGGCUUUGAGAGGUUGAAGGGCUGUGUGCCGGAAUGGAUACUGGAAGACGAGCACCGCUUCAGCUGGAAAGUGGUUUCCCUCCUGGGACUUUAUGGAGGUCUCAGUUUCAAUCUUCAUGCACCGCAGGGGUUGACCUAUUUGAAUCUAUGCUUCACUGGAGCAGAUUACUCUGAUCGAAGGGAAGAGGAUCAACCCGAGAACUGGGAGGAGAGGCUUUGUUGUGGUCACAUCUAUGCGGGAGCCCAAUUCACCAUCGACCUUUGUCCUGGCGGAGCAGUGGCUCUGGUAUCGCUAAACCAUUGUCGCCAGACGACAGUGGCAAACUCCUUCUUGGAUUUCCUGGUCUCACUGAAGUGUUGGCUGGAUCGGUGCCUGCCAGCCGACAGGGAACAAUACAAAGCCGCGCUAAGAAACAUGAAGACAGGUCCUGGAGGACCCUCUCAUGCCAGCGUGGCCGUCGUUGACGUCACCUUCGUGGCCUUUCACGACUUUCUUCUGGCAACGGCGAUGGCAGAGGAACCCAAGGCCAAGAAGCCCCGGGACAAGUCCAGCUUUGUUUGUCACAGCUGCGGCAGAAAACCGGAGGAGGGCCUGAGAUGCUGCGUGUCCUGUGGGGAGGAGAACGACUUUGCACACUUUU